AUGAAAGAUAAAAUAGAUAGACUUGCUGUCAUCUUGGAAGAGGAAGGGGAAGAGGCGGAAGAAGGUGGAAGUCUAUUCACUUCAUUAGUCCUUCAGAUUGGGUCCCUUGAACAGUUGAUGGCAAAAUACAAAGACUUUUGGACUUACUGGGAGACAUUCAAGGUCCUUUGCGAAACAUCAAAGCAACCAAAGUACAUGCUAAUUGUAGACAAAUGGGAACAGUUGAAAUUUGUGACCACUGCUUACUUUCUGAAAUAUUGGCAUACUGACCUCACUGUUGAUGAACUAGAUGCCAAGGAGGAAGUAGCCAUCUUGUAUGACACGCCACAUGAAAAAUUAAACCAGGAGGUGAAUGUAGAAAAGAUUGUGAAACAUGUUGAGGAUAGUGACGAGAUAAUCAGGUCCACACAAGAAGAGAGAAAGACAUUUUACAUCAGGGCCGUAAUCGAUCCAAGAACUGACGCUGAGAUGUCCAUUCAGCAAGCUGUAGAUGAGGGAGUAAUGGACCAGAAAGCAGGACUUUAUGUCAAUCCCAAAACUGGUCAUAGCAUCCCAAUUCCAACUGCUAUGUCGAGGGGUCUAAUAUUGGUUGACUAUACGUCAACAAGGAAAUCUGCAGAGACGAAGGAAUCGUUUGGAUUGAUCACUAUUAAGACAACCAAAGAAAAUAAACCUUAUGUUAUAACAGGUGUGGUCGAUUCAAGUGCGGAUGAUGCUGUCAUAAGUUUUGAGAAAGCCACCGAGAAGGGAAUCAUAGACCUUCAUGAUGGUGUGUAUCGAGACCCCAUCACGAAACGUGAGCAGCUGUUGGCCGAUGCAAUCGACGGGAAUCUCGUGUCAGUCGCCGAUCAGAACGGACAGAAUGGAGAAACGGAACUUGUAACAAAAACAUACGCCAUCCAUCAUGUUGUCAAUCAGAAACUUAAGAAGAAGAUCACAUUCAGCGAGGCAGUUCGUGAUGGAAUCCUGGACAAGAACACAGGGUCGUACCUUAACAACAUCACCGGUGAGAGAAUCUAUGUCGGCGAUGCCAUCAUGCGAGGUUUUCUUAAGGCAACUGUAGUGGAAGACCCCACAACGUUAGACAUUGAUCCGGAAAAUAAGAUGGUUGUUUCCAAAGUGGAGAACAUACGCAAGCGCUUAUUGCAACCAAUGAAGGCUCUAUCAGCAUUUAAACAGGCGAUGAAGAAAUAAAAAAUAAAGUAAAUGGGAUAAAAGCGAAAUUGGAGUUAAGAGGCAGCUUUCAGAUUACAACGCUUCUGGUGAAUGGAUGUAUUAAUCUAUCUGUGACUAAACGGAUUCUCGAUUUGCCUUCAAAUAAAUGAUAACACCACCUGGCGUGCUUCCUCCGUUUUGAAAUCACUGCUGAUCAACAAUGGCGACAGUAUACCUCCCUCCAUAAAUUUGGCAAUAGAAAGUUUUCGUCUGAUAGCAUCAUACCGAAGCAUUGCAAUGUUUGAAAUUUAGAAAUUGAUAUUUGGAAAAGUAUUAAAUUGGUGAUUUUUAGAACAUCAAACAUACAUAUGUCAGUGUAGGCUUUAAAAUAUGAUCCAAAGGGGGGACUUCAGCUGUGUUGUACAACUUAUGCACGGGUGUCGGUACAUAGCUUAAAAUGCAGAAACGAGAUAAAAGGGUAACAAAAUCAUCUUCGUUCAGGCAACAUGUACCAAUGUAGGUGCGUUGGGACUAAACUAUGUUAUUUUAUAAAAUAUCAAUAAAAUCUUACCAAAUGUUAUGGUGACUGAAUUUAUCCAUGAUUCAACGUGCUAAAAUAUGUAACUGUUAAAUUACGAUAUAUAUAAAUAUAGAGAAAUACGGUAAACUCAUAAAUGUAAAAUUAUUUAAUUUUCUUCAAGUAAAGGAUGGACUCUGUUGAACUCUAGAUAGAAAUUACAAAUACCAAAUAUUCUAAAAUUGAUUUUUGUAAAGAGUGAUCGCUAGAUUCUGCCUAAAAUCUUUACAAAAAUAUGUCCAUAACUCAAACGCUUACAUGUAUACCAGAAGAGCGACGAUUACAUACCGUAUAUCAGGGAUAUACAUGGCAUGGAUUGCCAGUUCUGUAUAUUGUAU